GUGAUGGAGCGAAUCAUGUGACCAGCCCACCGUUGUCACAGGAGUUGUACCUCGCUACAGAUUAGGGGAAGGCUGUGCGGUAACUGCCGCAAUGUGUGCAUCAUGGAGCUGCUGGACGUUACUGCUCCUGGGCACCGGCCUCUCUCAUGCGCUGAGCGGGGGGAUGUUAUAUCCUAGGGAGACCCCCACCAGAGAGCUGAAGGAGCUGAGCGGUAUCUGGAGUUUCCGGGCUGAUAGAUCCGCUCCCAGAGACGACGGUUUCCAGCAGCAGUGGUAUAAGCGGCCGUUGCGAGAGAGUGGCCCUGUUAUCGAUAUGCCUGUACCUGCCAGCUACAAUGAUAUCACUCAGGACAUUGGGUUGAGAGAUUUUAUUGGCUGGGUCUGGUAUGAGAAAGAAGUCUGGUUGCCUAGUCGCUGGUUGGAAGAUUUGGCCACUAACAGAAUUGUCCUGCGGGUUGGCAGUGCCCACUACUUCUCCGUAGUGUGGGUUAAUGGUGUUCAAGUGACACAACACGAAGGAGGACAUCUACCUUUUGAAGCCAACAUAUCAAGUGUUCUGAAGGGUAGUUUAGGCACUCCCUGUCGAAUCACCAUUGCCGUAAAUAAUACCCUCACUCUCAACACCUUACCUCCGGGAUCCAUCCAAUUCAUGAACGACCCCACACGAUAUCCCAAAGGAUAUUUUGUUCAAAAUAUAGAGUUUGAUUUCUUUAAUUAUGCCGGUAUACAUCGCCCUGUGGUUCUUUAUACUACUCCUUCAGUGUACAUUGAUGACAUCACCAUUGUUACUGACAUAAGUGAUAACACAGGAUUGGUAAUGUAUCAAGUAUCUGUGGUUGGUUCAGAAUACUACUCUGUAGUUGUUACCUUGCGUUGUCAAGAUGGUAAAGAGGUAGCCACUGCUUUGGGUGCUGUAGGACAGCUGAAAGUGGCCAAUGCAAAUCUUUGGUGGCCUUAUUUAAUGAAUGAAAACCCUGGGUAUCUAUAUUCCUUUGAGGUAGGAAUUAAGGCGGAUACAGACAGUGGGGUACGUGAGGAUGUUUACACUUUACCUGUUGGGAUAAGAACAGUCCAAGUAUCAGGUCACCAGUUCCUCAUCAAUGGGAAACCUUUCUAUUUCCAUGGAGUGAACAAACAUGAAGACUAUGAUAUUAGAGGAAAAGGUCUGGACUGGUCUUCAAUCGUGAAGGAUUUGAACUUGUUGAAGUGGCUGGGGGCCAACUCAUUUCGCACUAGCCAUUACCCGUAUGCUGAAGAGAUAAUGGACCUGUGCGAUAAAUAUGGUAUUGUGGUUAUCGAUGAAUGCCCAGGAGUAGGCAUAAGACAGCCAGAGAGUUUUGGAAACAAAUCUCUGCAACAUCAUUUAGAUGUCAUGGAGGAACUCGUGCGAAGAGAUAAAAACCGACCUUCAGUGGUGAUGUGGUCAGUUGCCAAUGAACCGGCCUCCCAGCUCCCUCCUGCAGGAUAUUAUUUUAAGACUGUAAUCUCUCAUACUAAACAGCUGGACAGCACUAGACCAGUAACUUAUGUUAGCAAUGCAAAUUUUGACAGAGACCAAGGCGCUCCAUACGUCGAUGUGAUCUGUGUCAAUAGCUACUUCUCCUGGUACCAUGACCCUGGUCACCUGGAAGUAAUUCAGCUGCAACUAAAUAACCAGUUUGACAGCUGGUAUGACAAAUACCAAAAACCAAUCAUACAGAGUGAAUAUGGAGCAGAUACUAUACCAGGCUUUCAUAAUGACCCCCCCUUAAUGUUUACAGAAGAAUAUCAAGCAAUAGUAUUAAAACACUAUCACUCUGUAUUUGAUGAAAAGAGGAAGAAAUGUGUCAUUGGAGAACUCAUUUGGAACUUUGCAGACUUCAUGACAGCACAGACCGUCAGCAGAGUUGUGGGGAACAAGAAAGGAAUCUUCACCCGCCAGAGACAGCCCAAAUCGUCAGCUUUCAUUCUGCGGGACAGAUAUUGGAAGCUGGCCAAUAACACAGGCUCAUCAGAUUCAUUGUGGAAGGAUUAUGCCACUCAAGAUUUCUAUUGUAGCAAGAGAGAAACAACUGCAUUAUAUAAACCAGACACCGGCAAUUGCUAAAAUAAUUGUGGGUUGAUGGUCUUGUUAAAUAAAAAAUAAAUGUCAAAAUGCUGC